ACCCAUUAACCAGUAUUAACCAGCGCCACCACCAUAAAGGGACCCCCCAGAUCCACCGUCUCCGUGUCCCCCCCACCUCUACAGCCAUGGGGGCUCCGGCGCUGCCCCUCCUCCUCGGUCUCCUGCUGCUGCAUGUGGCCCCCACCCAUGCCCAAAUGGUGACGAUGGUGACACCAGCGGUGCUGCGACUGGAGACGGAGGAGCAGGUGGUGCUGGAGGCACCAGGGUUGAACUCCCAGACCGAGGCCACUAUCCUGGUGCAGGACUUUCCCCUCAAGCGUCAUGUGUUCUACCAGACUCGUGUGCCGCUGAGCCCCGCCGAGGGCAUGUUGGCCACCACCACCAUCAAGGUGUCGGCCAAGUCCCUGCCGCAGGCGGGGGAGAAGCAGUUUGUCUCAGUGACAGCACGGGCGGCCUCGGUGACGCUGGAGAAGGUCCUGCUGGUGUCACGCCAGAGUGGCCACAUCUUCCUGCAGACCGACAAGCCCAUCUACACUCCAGGCUCCACCGUGCUCUGCCGCCUCUUUGCUCUGAGCCACCUCAUGAAGCCUGUGUCCAAGACGGUGAUCGUGGAGGUCAAGACACCCGAUAACAUCAUCAUCAAGCAAGUGCCCGUGUCCUCUCCGAUGAAGACCGGCAUCUUCUCACUCAACCACAACCUCCCCGAGGUCGUCAGCCUGGGGACGUGGACGAUAUUGGCCAAAUUUGAAGACUCACCAGAACAGGCUUUCACGACCCAAUUUGAAGUCAAGGAGUAUGUGCUGCCGAGCUUUGAGGUGGUCCUGGAGCCGGAGGAGAAGUUCCUCUACAUCGACCGGAAUGAGGAUUUCCGAGUGUCCAUCACCGCCAGGUACCUGUACGGGAAGCGCCUCCACGGGACGGCCUUCGUCCUCUUUGGUGUGAUGGUGGAUGACGAGAGGAAGAGCAUCCCCGACUCCCUGCGGCGUGUCGAGGUGACGGACGGGGACGGGGAAGCUGUGCUGUCCAUGGCCACACUGCGGCAGCGCUUCAAAAACCCCCAGGAGCUGGUGGGACAUUCGCUCUACGUCUCCGUCACCGUCCUCACUGAGUCAGGCAGCGACAUGGUGGAGGCGCAGCGCAGCGGCAUCCGCAUCGUGACGUCCCCGUACACCAUCCACUUCACCCGCACCCCCAAGUACUUCAAGCCGGGGAUGCCCUUCAACCUGAUGGUCUACGUCACUAACCCAGAUGAGUCCCCAGCUGCGCGUGUUACCGUCAAGGCCGAUGGCUUCCAGGGUCUCGUCUCCACCCAGCGUGAUGGCACAGCCAAGCUGGUCCUCAACAUGCCGGCCAACAAGGAUACCGUCCCCAUCACCGUGCGGACGGACCAGGCGGGGUUGCCACCUGAACGCCAAGCCUUGCGCCAGAUGACUGCCAAAGCUUACCACAGCCAGGCUAAUUCCGGAAACUUCCUCCACCUGGCCGUGGGAGCCACCGAGCUGCAGGCUGGGGACAACCUCCCCGUGAAUUUCCACCUCAAGAGCAACAGCAACAACGUCCGUGACUCCGUCCCAUACUUCACCUACCUGAUCAUGAGCAAGGGACGCAUCGUCCGCGUGGGGCGACAACGACAUGAGGCCGGCCAGAGCCUGGUCACCAUGACGCUGCCAGUGACAGCUGAGCUGAUCCCCUCCUUCCGCAUCGUGGCCUACUACUACGUGAUGCCCGGUGAGAUCGUUGCUGACUCUGUCUGGGUUGACGUCAAGGACACUUGCAUGGGCACUCUGGUGGUGACGGCAGCGACUGAGAAUGACAAGCGGGUGCAGGAACCAGGGACACCCAUGCGGCUGCGCAUCGAGGGGGACCACAACGCCUACGUGGGCUUGGUGGCCGUGGACAAGGGCGUCUUCGUCCUCAGCAACAAGAACAGGAUCACCCAGUCCAAGUUUUGGGACACAGUGGAAAAAAGUGACAUCGGUUGCACCCCGGGCAGCGGGAAGGACAACGUGGGGGUCUUUGCUGAUGCUGGCCUCAGCCUGGUCACCAACAUGAGGAUCUCCACACCACAGCGAGGAGAGGUCCAGUGUCCCCAGCCUGCGAAACGCAAGCGCCGUUCCCUGCAGCUCCUCGAGUACAAAGGCACCAAGGCGGCGGAGUACGCGGACAAGGCGCUGCGCAAGUGCUGUGAGGAUGGCAUGAAGGAAAACCCCAUGGGCCACAGCUGUGAGCAACGGACCAACUACAUCCAGGAUGGAGAAGCUUGCAUCCGAGCCUUCCUCGACUGCUGCAAAUACAUCAAGGACAUCUACGACCAGAAGCAGCGCGAGCUCUACCUCGAGCUGGCUCGAAGCGAGGCAGAAGAUAUCUUCCUGGCCGACAAGGACAUCACCUCCCGAAGCCUGUUCCCGGAGAGCUGGCUGUGGCAGGUGGAGUCACUGACGGAGCGGCCCAAUGAGCUGGGAAUCUCCGCGAAGACGCUGCCUGUGUACCUGAAGGACUCCAUCACCACGUGGGAGGUCCUGGCCGUCAGCCUCUCACAGAGCAAGGGGUUGUGUGUGGCGGACCCCUAUGAGAUCACGGUGAUGAAGAACUUCUUCAUCGACCUCCGCCUGCCCUACUCCGUGGUGAGGAACGAGCAGGUGGAAAUCCGCGCCAUCCUCUACAACUACUGGUUGCACCCCAUCCAGGUGCGCGUGGAGCUGAUGUACAACCCAGCUUUGUGCAGCGCCUCCACCUCCAAGACGCGCUACCAGCAGAUCCUCAAGCUGAAACCGCAGUCGUCGUGGGCUGUGCCCUUCGUCAUUGUCCCCUUGCAGCUGGGGCUGCACGACGUCGAGGUGAAGGCAGCUGUCAGGAACUCUGAAGUGGCUGACGGCGUCAAGAAGAAGCUCAAAGUUGUGCCUGAAGGGAUGAGGUUGGAGAAGACGGUGAAGAUAGUUGAGCUGGACCCGAAGGUGAAAGGAAUCAAUGGUGUGCAGGAAGAGAAGGUGAAGGCAGCAAACCUGUCCGACAUCGUCCCGAACACCGAGUCGGAGACCAAAGUCAGCAUCCAAGGCAACCCGGUGUCCAUCAUGGUGGAGAAGGCCAUCGAUGGGGACAAGCUGAAGCACCUCAUCGUGACGCCAGCGGGCUGCGGGGAGCAGAACAUGAUCGGGCUGACCCCCACUGUCAUCGCCACCCAGUACCUGGACAGCACAUUGCAGUGGGAAAGUCUUGGUGUUGACCGCCGGGCUGAGGCCAUCAACUUGAUCAAAAAGGGUUAUACCCAACAAAUUGUUUUCCGGAAACCUGACAGCUCCUACGCCGCCUUUGUGGGCCGCGCAUCAAGCACCUGGUUGACAGCCUAUGUGGCCAAAGUCUUUGCCAUGGCCAUUAAGCUGACGGACAUUGAACCUGAGGUGAUUUGUGGUGCUGUGAAAUGGCUCAUCCUGGAGAAGCAGCAGCCGGAUGGGGUUUUCCAAGAAGAUGCUCCUGUCAUCCAUAAGGAGAUGGUGGGAGGCUACCAGGGUGCCGAGCCCGAGGUGUCACUGACAGCCUUUGUCCUCAUUGCUCUGCUGGAAUCCCGGGACAUCUGCAAGGACCAUGUCAAUAGCUUGGAAAUGGGCAUCCACAGAGCCAGUGAAUACCUCUCCCGGAGGUACCAGUCAUUGGCCCGACCCUACACGGUGGCCCUGACCUCCUACGCCUUAGCCCUGGCAGGGAAACUCAAAAGCGAGAAAGUUCUCAUGAAGUUCUCCAAAGAGGGCCGAUCCUGGGAGGAACGCAAUGCCCGGACCUACAACAUCGAGGGGACAUCCUACGCGUUGCUGGCCUUGCUGCAGAUGGAGAAGCCGGAGCUGACUGGGCCGGUGGCCCGCUGGCUUGCUCAGCAGAACUACUUUGGUGGUGGCUAUGGAUCCACUCAGGCCACCAUCCUGGUAUUCCAAGCACUGGCCCAGUACCAGGUGGACUCUCCACGGCAACUUGAGCUCAACCUCGACGUGUCAGUGCUGCUGCCACGCCGCGCCAGCGCCAUCACCUACCGCAUCGAGAACCGCAACGCCCUGGUGGCACGCAGCGCCGAGACCAAGUUCAACGAGGACUUCACGGUGAAGGCGGAGGGUACGGGCAAGGGGACAAUGACAGUGGUCACAGUCUACAAUGCCAAGGUCCCCGAAAAGGACAACAAAUGUGACAGUUUUGACCUGCAGGUACAGGUGGAUGACGUCAAGAUAGGCAGGGAAGAGGAGGGCAUCAUCCGCUCCGUCAAGAUCACCAUCUGCACCAGGCACCUGGACAACGUGGAUGCCACCAUGUCCAUCCUUGAUGUCUCCAUGCUCACAGGCUUCAUGCCUGACCUCCAGGACCUGAAGAGGCUCACGGAGGGGGUGGACAGGUACAUCUCCAAGUUUGAGAUUGACCAAGCGGAUGCAGAUCGCAGCAACGUCGUCAUCUACCUCGACAAGAUCUCGCACAGCGCCCAGGAGUGUUUCGCCUUCAAGGCCCACCAGAAAUUCCAGGUGGGCUUGAUCCAGCCCGCGGCCGUCACCGUCUACAGCUACUACAAGAUCGAUGACCGCUGCACCCGGUUCUACCAUCCGGACAAGGAUGGUGGGAAACUGAGCAAGAUCUGCUACGGGGACGUGUGCCGCUGUGCCGAAGAAAACUGCUUCAGGCGGCACCUGCAGGAGGCCCCCAUCACCGUCAACCAGCGCAUCGAGCGCGCCUGCGAGCCAGGAGUUGACUACGUCUACAAGGUGAAGCUGGUGGCACAGGAGGUGACGCCGUCCCAUGACAACUACAUCAUGAACAUUGUCUCCGUCAUCAAGAUGGGCACUGACGAGGUCUCAGCCCAAAGCAACCGGACGUUCGUGAGCCACCAGCACUGCCGGGAUGCGCUGAGGCUCCAGCUUGGCCAGGACUACCUGCUCUGGGGGCUGGCCACCGACCUGUGGGUCACCGGCAACCGCUUCUCCUACCUGAUCGGCAAGGACACGUGGCUGGAGGCAUGGCCCUCAGAUGAGGCCUGUCAGGACCCCGAACUGCAGCCCCUCUGCCAGGACUUUGUUGAGUUUGCCGAGUCCAUGACCAUGUUCGGAUGUCCAAACUGAGCUGGUGCCCCCCACCCAUGGGUGCCCCCCCCACUGCCCCCCAUUGUCCCCUUUUUUAGGGGUUAAAGAAGCCCUUUCUGACAA